AUGAACCCCAAAGCCAUGGAUUCGGCCGACAUGCUCCUCAUGGGGCUCGAAUUUUCCCACAAACCCGGCGUUGACCUAAUUCGGAAUUGCGAUCUCCCGCCGCCGCAGAAGAUAUUCACGGGCAUGGCCAGAGUUAAAGAUCGGGAGCGGGAUGAGGCGGAAUCCGGCGGCGUGGAGGAGAAAUUGGAGCUACUGAAGGCUCUGAGGCUGUCGCAGACGCGGGCGAGAGAAGCGGAGAGAAAGGCCGCGAAAUUGAUGGAGGAGAGGGAUUGUAUCAGUAGGGCUUUCGAAGACGAGGCCAGAUUGAUUUUCUUUUACCGCCAAUCGGUGAAGUUGCUGCAGCUUCGGCUCUCCAAUUUGCAGAAAAUGCACGACGAGGAAGAGAGCAGGAGAAAUGGGGAUUCCGAUGCGCCGGCGGCCGGCGGCGGAGGCGGCGGCGAAGCUAUGAAAUGGGUUUGGGCUUUGGCAAUUUGCUUCACUGUUGUGGGAGUGGGCUUUCUCUACGGCUACACCUGUAAUGUCGAUGAAGACCCAAUUCUUAACCAGAGAUGA